AUGAUGUCUUAUCUCAAGCAACCGCCUUACGCAGUCAAUGGGCUGAGUCUGACCACUUCGGGGAUGGAUUUGCUGCACCCCUCCGUGGGCUACCCGGGGCCCUGGGCUUCUUGUCCCGCAGCCACCCCCCGGAAGCAGCGCCGCGAGCGGACCACGUUCACCCGGGCGCAGCUGGAUGUGCUGGAAGCGCUCUUUGCCAAGACUCGGUACCCCGACAUCUUCAUGCGCGAGGAGGUGGCGCUGAAAAUCAACCUGCCCGAGUCCAGGGUACAGGUGUGGUUUAAGAACCGAAGAGCUAAGUGUCGCCAACAACAGCAACAGCAACAGAAUGGUGGUCAGAACAAAGUGAGACCUGCCAAAAAGAAGACCUCUCCGGCUCGGGAAGUGAGUUCAGAGAGUGGAGCAAGUGGCCAGUUCACUCCCCCCUCUAGCACCUCUGUCCCGACCAUUGCGAGCAGCAGUGCUCCUGUGUCUAUCUGGAGCCCAGCUUCCAUCUCCCCACUGUCAGACCCCUUGUCCACCUCCUCCUCCUGCAUGCAGAGGUCCUACCCCAUGACCUAUACUCAGGCUUCAGGUUAUAGUCAAGGAUAUGCGGGCUCAACUUCCUACUUUGGGGGCAUGGACUGUGGAUCUUACUUGACCCCUAUGCAUCACCAGCUUCCUGGACCUGGGGCCGCCCUCAGUCCCAUGGGUACCAAUGCAGUUACCAGCCAUCUCAAUCAGUCCCCAGCUUCUCUUUCCACCCAGGGAUAUGGAGCUUCAAGCUUGGGUUUUAACUCAACCACUGAUUGCUUGGAUUAUAAGGACCAAACUGCCUCCUGGAAGCUUAACUUCAAUGCUGACUGCUUGGAUUAUAAAGAUCAGACAUCCUCGUGGAAAUUCCAGGUUUUGUGA